ACUGAACUAGCCAGCUGUCGCUGCAUCGGCCCGCUCCAGAUUGCAGCAGUAUGUGCAAACUCACAAAGGAAGGAAACUGAACCCUGUAUGUUUCUCUUUGUGCAUAAAAUCUGCCACUUCCUUAGGUUGACCACUCUGGUGGUGCAGUGAGCCGGAAGGUAAGAACUUUCAGCUUUCUACUCAGCACAUCUUUAUCUUUGCAGUGACCCAGUUCUCAGGUCACAAACAUGAGCUUGUGUUUCUCUUGUUGUCAAAGAAGUGAUGUCUCAGAUAAGAUUUAGUAACAUAGAGGUGGUGUUGAGUAAAAGUUUUGUAAUUGCAGCUCAAAGUUUAGUCAUCAUGAAAGGAAAAAUCCGCAGUCACUGCUGUGAAUGCACUGCAGAAGUGUUUUCUGUUCUCUGCUCCCUUCAUUGUGCCGGCUGUGAGGUGCGUUCUGUUCUUUUGUGUCACAUGUUGACAAAAGCAUGUGUGUAAAUUUGUACGUGUCGACAAAGUUUAAGUUUUAGUUCAUCCGUUUCAUGUAAGACUUGAAUCAUUAUGAUGUUUUUCACUUAGAGACGGUGUAUUAUUUAUAUGAGAGGAGCUGGUGUUGCUAAAUGGGGGAGGCAAUUGAGUUGGUUUUAUUUUUUUGAGCAGGGAGGGGAGGAGGGGAGUUAUGUUUUUUGAUUUGGCUUUGUUGAGGGUCAGUCAAUGAGUGGUUUUAAAAAUUCACAAAUGUCAGCACCCUGCAGAUGAAUUCCUGUAAGGUAUUUUGAGACACUUUCAUGGCAGAGUUCGGGUAGCCAUUCUUUCUAAAAUAAUAAAGGACCCUCAGCGUGCAAGCGUGGCCGUGACACUGGCUUGGUUUUAAUUUGGAAUUUGUUUGUGGUGAUGAGUUUGGUUGUGAGCGCAGACAUGCUGCCAGAGCUGACUCGAGGUAUGCAUACGCUCUCACAGGUCUUCCAGGAAACAGUGCUCUGGGUGGGAAACGCAUCAGAGACCCCGUGACUGGUUUGUUUUUUCUCACAGCUCUCAGAGUCCAUUUUUGGGUCCUGGUGUAAUCAGUCAGGUGUCCCUUACUGUCACUGCUGUGGUGGGCUGAUACAAGCUCGGUUCUCGGAUGUUACCCACAGUCACCACAGCCUGAAUCAUUUGGUCCUUCACAUAGUAGAGGCGUGUGUGAAAUGACUUGCACUGACGUGAUGAUGAUCCCAUGUGCCAAAAAACCCUUCUAUCAAACUGAGAGCUUGAAAUCAUGAAGAAAUGUCUGCUGCAUCACACCUUCCUCUAGCAGCACAUUUCUCAUCAUUGCCUCAUUUAUAUUUACAACUUGAGAGAAUCCCUUCAGGCACAAUGCACGUCAGCAGAGACAGAUAACAGCUGUGUCCCUCUGUGUGAGCCAUCAGGCCUAAUUACAGCUGACGCUGAUUGUUUUCUCCGGCCUCCUGGCAACUCUGGACAGUAACAAGGACAGGCUCUUAUCUUCCAGCGCAGGCUGGCAUCCAGCUAUUCAACAAGCCACUUCCUCUCUGUGCUCCAUGCCUCACUUGUCUGCUGCUGAAGAGCCAAAUGUAUUUAGUACAAAUUGAGAUGCUUGAAAAUUGGACACUGUAAUUAAAUAAAUGAUAGCUUAAAGGAAAGGUUGACAUUUUGGGAGAUGCGUUUUACCACAUGUACAUUAAAUACAAAGCUACAGCCAGCAUUUGCUAAGCUCAGCUCAGCACAAGACAAUUAGAUAAAAAUACUGUUAUACAAAGAAGUGUCUUCCCUUGUUUCUGUUUUUUAUGCUGCCACAUGAUCGCUCGGAAAGUUCAACCCUUGCAUUGCAUGUCAUGUUAUAAGGAACAUCCAAAAACUGCAGUUCCUUGAAUGGUCACUUGAGGCUGACUCCAAAACAGAAUAAAUUCCCAAAAACUUCAUGUUAAAAUGCCCAACUUUACAACAUAAUACAUUGGCUUAUCUAUGAUAGGGCUUAUUCUAAUAAUAAUUUUUGAAAAACAAACAACUGGACAGAACCUCACCUUCAUUUUAUUUAUUUACUUCAAGUUUAAUUUGUAGUAUUGAAAAUUUAGUUCAACCAAAUCCAGCCUCUUUUAACCAACCUUUUUAUUCCUUUCAGUGUUAUUCAGACAGAUAAUAAUAAUAUUCUGUAAUACUUUGAAACUGCUCUGUUUUCUAAGACUGUUUUCAUUCUGUGAUGAUCUCAUACCAUUGCAACCCUAUAAGUCAUUCAGCUAAAAGAGUUAAAAAAAAAAAAAAAAAAAAAAAAAAUCAUGGGCAUAUUUCCCAAAAUAUUUUAACUGUAUCUCUGAAACAAAGCAUUAUGGUCUGCCUUGAUAUUCUGAAAACAACUUUCAAUAUUAUUUACAAGUAUGUAAAGCUUCAGAUGAUGACAUUUUCUUUGAAAUUCAUGUUUAUCCAUUUUAUUUGAAUAAGUCUACUGACCUGCAAAAAAAAAAAAAAAAAAAAAAAAAUACAACAGAAGCUAGAGCACAGACGCACGUCAGCCAUCAAUAAUGCAAGGGUUGGCAUUUGGUUUGUUUUGCAGCUCUGCCAUCAGUGAAGCAUCACUGCUCUUCCUGCAGCUGAGGAAGCGCUGCUGGUUUUCCAAGCAAAGGGGUUGAAUAAUGGGGGAAAAGAUUAGUGAUACUGACACAGGAGGGGACAUGAGGACACGAGUAGUGUGAGAAAAUCAGGAAUCGAAGCUUAAAAUAUUGGCCAAAUGUAUUUUGUUUCAACUCAUUAGAUCCUGUGUUGUCUGAGGUUAUUAUAACUGACUAAAACAUCUGCGUCAUCAAGGUUUUAUCUUUAGAGAACAGAAUGUUAAAAGAGGGUUUUCCAGAGUUUAAUCAUUCAGGUGAAAACACUACAACUGUCUGCUCAGGAGGUUGUUAUCCGGCUCUGACGUUGAUGGAGGCUCUGUGGAGAUCACAAUCAGGAGAGGGGGGAUUUUAACAAGCACAUACUGCAGACUAAUCUUCACUAUCUCACCAUCGACUGACUCAGCUCCAGAGGAGCAAAGAGGAGGUCCUGUCAGGGGGGAGGGUCAGAGAGGAGUGGAGGAGGAGACAGGAACAAAACAGAAGAGAGUGAGGCAGAGCAAGACAGAGAGAAGAGGACCGGCGAGAGACACACAGAUGAUCAGAGACGGCUACUCAGAGAUGGAUUUAAAUUUUCUUCAAGCUCUGGAGAGAGAAAGAGUCCUGGAGGUUCUUCAGAGAGACAAACUGCUGCGGACCAUUGAAGAGGACAGGAUACGGAGGAUGAAACAUGAGCUCCAAGAGCUUCGGAGGAGAGGUGCGAAGAGCUCCGUGCGGCAGUAUGGUGAGCGGACCUGCGCCCGCUGCCAGAGGCCUCUGGGAAAGUUCUGGAACUCGGGUGCAGUCUGCCGCGGCUGCAGCCACCGCAUCUGCAGCAAGUGCCGUGUGGGAGCAGGAGCGGCAAACUGGAAAUGCACAGUCUGCCAUGCCUACAGGGAGGUGAAGUUCAGAUCUGGAGAGUGGUUCCUAGAGGAGAGGGCAAAGAGAUUUCCUGUCACCACAGACAAAUGUGAGAUGGUUGGAGAGAAACUAUUAAAGACCUACAAUGUGCUGAGUUAUAUAUCCGUCGUGCCUCCCACUCCUCCACCAUACAUGGAUUAUCAGUACCUGAGCAGAUCUGGGGAUCUGAAAAACUCAAAAACUUUUGCCAAAUCUAUGGAGAAUCUAAUGGUUUCGAUCACCAGUAAUAUGAAAAAGAUUUCCACCUCUCAGAGUGAUGUGCGAGGAGAGCUGCUGAGAGUUGGUGACAGCUGGAGAAGGUCAGGCUCAAACUACAGCACCCAAAAGAGCCUCUCUGACACAGAGAUCAACAAAUACAGCAAUCUCCUCAAAGGCCCCAGUCUCCCAAACCUCUUCAAGAGAAGCAAAGACAGCGACCAAGAGGGCUCCUCCACCGGGGCGGAAGACGAAACUUCCUGCGGUUCUGAGUACUCUGGAGGAAAGAGAGGUAGCAGCAGUAGCAGUAUCAGUACAGACUGCGGCCUCUUUGAGAGCAUCAGCGUAGCAGGAGAGCUUGAGCUGGCUCUGGCCUACAACACCAGCACUUCCUGUCUGGAGAUCACGGUUGGCGCCUGCAGAAACCUCACCUGCGGAGACAACAAGAGGAGGAAGUGUCACCCAUACGUCAAACUCAACAUGCUUCCGGGAAAAAGCAGCAAAAUGAAGACGACUGUGAAGAAAAACACCACUGAUCCAGUUUUUAAUGAAGUUUUAAAGUAUCGCAUAGAGCGCCACCUGCUGUUUGGAAAGAGACUGCAGGUGUCUGUGUGGCAUUCAGGGACCCUGAGAAGGAAGGUGUUUCUCGGUGAGGUUCUUGUCCCGCUGGAUGGUUGGAGGUUUGAAGACAAAGACUCCCAGUGCUUCAACUGGUACCCACUUUGUCCAAAGGCUGAGAGUCCAGAGGGCGGCGCUGUAGAGCCUGACGGAGGAGUCAAGUUCAGCUUCUACAACCAGGGUGUCUGACUCUGGGAGCAGGAGGAGAGCUCAUCCAGACAACAGCCAAUUCUGAGGGCGAGGCCGGGUGAAGGACGGCUCUCUGAACCCGAAACUGUGGCCCCUUCAGCUCCUCUGAAGGACCCCUGAAGAGGGGCUCACACUGACCCUGGUAACAGCUGAAACUUCCUUUAUCACAUCCUACACAAAUGAUACUCUGGUCACUCUUUAACCUUGCCUGUUUCAAAUUAAUAAGUAUACAAAUAAUUAGAACACACUAUGACUCAAGCAAACAUAAGACUUUUUUAUUUAGGGGUUCUGAACCUUUUUUUGGGGUACAUGAAAGCCCACCUGUUCAUACUUGUAUCGGGUCAGGGCCUAUCUCGCGGCACAUGUUCAAAGCGGCUGGCAUCACCAAUUGCUCUGCUUUUGUGAAGGCUUUCUUGAUUUCUGGCUUAGGAAGGCUUCCAUGGCUCAUCUUAGAGCCAAACUCCACACAUAAGGCUUUAGGAUCUGCGUCACCACCGACAAAACCAUAUUUAACUUAUUCCAGAUUGUAUCUAUGAACUCUAAUAUUUUUAGCAGCACUACUGUUGUCUUUUUUUGCUUCAGGAACUUUACUGUUAAUUGCAACACCACAGCCUACAGAUUAUUUGAUAUGUUAAAAAACAUUUUUAAAAGUGAACAUCGCAUUAGCUUCAACAUCAAAGGGUGCUCACAGUCAACACAGGGGCCUUGACCAAGUCCCAAAGGAACAGGCCCCAAGAUUCAGUGGAGCCAGGUCAUUUUAAACUGCAUGAAUAAAGCAUUUUUGGCUUCAUGCAGCAAUGAGCAGCUUUUAUAGGAAUGAACAGGGACCCAACUUGAACAUCAGCUCGUCAUCGAUUCUCUUUAUACAUCCAUGGCCCCAACUCAGUGGUUGAGAAAGUCUGAAUUAAAUGGUUAAAAUAUCGAACUAUUCCUUAAAAUUUGAUUGCAGCUAUGUGAAUCAGUUAUCAACUCUUUUUACGGCAACUAUGGAUGCUUCGUAGUAGAAGUUAUAAGUGCCAAUAAUCCUUUUUUCCAGUCUCAAUAAACACCUAAAAAUGCCCUGGUAUUAUCUCACAAACUGCAUUAUAGAGUGUUAUAAAAAAUAUAUGAAGCCUUCAGCUCAUAUAUUUAUGCAUAUAGAAGUAAAAUGUGGUGUGGUUUUAAACUGAGAUAUCUCUGCAGCAUUCAAGCUGUCUUUUACAUUUAACAUCCUCCACAAAAUGACGUUCUUUCAGAGGAGUUAAGCAGCUAAACAUCCAUGCAAAUUAAGUUACUGGAAAAGGCAUUGGGAUGAUAUUUCUCCCAAAUGAAAUUUGGAGCCGCACCCGCCACCUCGCAGGAAAUGGUUUGCCUUAAUUCAGAGUGACUCUUCAGCGUUUCCUUCUGCACAAUGACGCCUUUCUUUUC